AUGCCCAACUUCUCCGGCAGCUGGAAGAUCAUCCGAUCGGAAAACUUCGAGGAUUUGCUCAAAGUGCUGGGGGUGAACGUGAUGCUGAGGAAGAUCGCCGUGGCGGCGGCAUCGAAGCCGGCGGUGGAGAUCAAGCAGGAGGGAGACACUUUCUACAUCAAAACCUCCACCACGGUGCGCACCACGGAGAUCAACUUCAAGAUCGGAGAGGAGUUCGAGGAGCAGACGGUGGACGGGAGACCCUGCAAGAGCCUGGUGAAAUGGGAGAGUGAGAACAAAAUGGUCUGCGAGCAGAGGCUUUUGAAGGGAGAGGGUCCCAAGACCUCGUGGACCAGGGAGCUGACCAACGACGGGGAGCUGGUCCUGACCAUGACGGCGGAUGAUAUCGUGUGCACCAGGGUCUAUGUCCGAGAGUGA